AUGGAGACCAGAUCGGCCAAGAGAAGAAGGCUCUCGCUUCUCCAAGACGGAACUGGAGAUCACGAUGCAUCCUCAGGUCUGCCAACUCGUCAUCGUCGUCAGAUCAGUGAUCUUCCUGAUGAUGUUCUUCGGCACAUCUUCACGUUCUUGCCCAUCAAGUCCAUCGCGAAGACGAGCCUCGUGUCGAAACAUUGGGCUGCUCUCUGGCGCUCCUUGCCAGAUCUCGACUUCACGACCAUUGAAUCAUCAGACCGAGGCAUAUCCGCCCUCGAGAAGCUGAUCAUGUCCAACCGCCCGAACCUCGAGUUCCCUCAAGGGUUCCUGAAGUUCCUCUACAUCGUCGACCCUGAGCAGGAUUUCAUCAGGCAGGUCCUGAGACACCGCAGCCGAUCACCGCAGCCCAGGGAUGGCCUGAGACUUCUCAGGUUCUGUGCAUACUUGAGCUUCACACGCCUGAACAACCUGAUGCGUGAUGCCUUCAGGCACAGGGUGAAAACCCUCGACAUCGAGGUGGCAACUAAGGACUACUUCAAUCUGCCAAAGCGUGUUGCGACGAGUGAGCACCUGCAGGCCUUCAGGUUCGUGUCUCGGUUCCCAGGGUUCCGGUUGCCACCGCUGUCAACGAUGAAGAACGGUUUCCGGUCACUGCGGAAGUUGCACCUCUCGGGGGUGAUCCUAUAUAACCAACCCUUUCUCUUGGAUUUGUUCACGGAAUCCUCAUUUCCUGCACUCCGGAAGUUGAGCCUUUCAAGGUGUUUGGGAUUGGAGAAGAUCAGCAUAAAGUGUGGGGCUUUGGAGAGUGUAGUAGUAAAGAAUUGUUCCAAGAUGAAUUUCUUGGAAGUUCGCGGUCCAAAAUUGGAGAGAUUAAGAGUGUCGGGUUGUUUUCCUAGAGGAAGGCAUAUGUGCGUGUUGAACAUCUAUGCGCCUCGACUAGAUGUUCUCGAUUGGGAAGGCAGCGAUGUUCCUGACCAUUGUUGCGUGCAUAACUCGAAUCCCGCUAUUAGGGUUUCCCUUGGUUUUUUGAGCAUCAAGGUCGAGGACAUUGAUGAAAAGCCGGCCAGGAGUUUAUUGAGAUUCUUGUCCAGGAUAUCUCAUGCUCGGUCCUUGCGAAUGGACUCGCUAUCCAUCAAGAUUCUAGGAAACAUGGACGGCUUAGAAGUUCUGCGGCCAUUUGAAAAUCUUGCCCAUUUGGAGCUUUCUACCUUUACCGGCAGAGCCUAUAUCCCACCGCUAGUUUCUCUGUUCAUGAACGCUCCAUUCGUGGAAUGUCUCCAUAUCAAGUUGGUUCCGGACCACAACAUGCGCAAGAAUGUGCAAUUGAAUGGAAACUUGGCACACUUAUGGGAUGAGUCUGUCUCUGAGGAAGAGAAGCAGUGGGAAAUCCGCAGUAAAGCCACAGGAUCCUUUCUUGAUCACCUGAACGUUGUGAAGAUAACGGGACUUUUGGAUUGCGAGGAGGAAGUGAGCCUCACGAAGUUUCUGCUCAGGCAUGGGAAGUCCUUGAACAAGAUGAUCCUGUGCUUAGAGGCUGGCAAGGUCAAAGAUUCUAUUCUUAAAAAGAAAAUCAGAUCCCGAAUCGUGGAAUUCUCCAAGGCGGCUUCUGAAGCUGAAAUUUCCUUUUGUUAG